AGAAAGCCGUGGUUCCAUGGAGUCACAGUCACAAGAAAUAGGUGAUGUCCUAGAUAAAUCUAAUAACGCUUUGCUGCAAGUUGAAGCCUCACGUACGAUUAAGCCAGCAGUAAAUAACGCCAAUGUCACGCCCUAUACAUACAAUAAGGAAACAAUAAAUGAUUUAAGUAAAAUAAUUGAGAAGUUCACGCAUUUAAUGAGUAUACCUGUAACCACAGCGGAUGCGGCCACAAGCUUUGAUGAUUACCUGGAAACUGCAAGUCAACGCUCCGAAUAUUUAGGUAGUAACGUUAGAAAACUUUUAGCCAUCUGGGAUACGGUGCAGCAGAUGCGAGUAAUGCUGUCGCAUCAGGAGAUGGAAAUGGAUAAUGAUGCUGAUGACUAUCAAGAGGAAAACAAAGAAAACCAAUUUACUUAAAAUACCGAUUUUUAUUUCAUAAAUGUAAAUAAAUUAAUUUAUAUUGAAUGAAUUGGCUGCUAUUAAGCAAUGUGACAAGAUGUCUACUAGACUAUCCAAACGUUGAGAGUUUGUA